AUGGUGCUAGUUCAUGUCGGAUAUCUUGUUCUUCCAGUUUUUGGAUCUGUGAACAACAGAGGUGCCCCUUUCCCAAGGUCACAGCAUUCUCAUGCCACUUCCUGCAGACAACUUCACCUCUCUCAUCAACCCGAGUUUCCUCUGUCUCACUCUGUCCAAUCACAGCCAGGUCUGAGCAGCCAGCUGACUUCAUCGCACCAGCACACCACGCCCGCAUUGCCGCUGCAGCAGCCUUUGACGUCUUUACCAAGCCCACAGUUCCAGGAUGUUCCUGCCUUCUUACCUCAGUCAUUACACCAGCAAUAUCUCUUGCACCAGCAGUUGCUUGAGGUCCAGCGGCGAAGGCUGUUGUCAUUCCCCAGACGGACACAGGAAAGGGCCCCCCCUUACCCCCAUCGUCUUCGGCCAGGCUUUGAAUUCAGCAAUCACGUCCAUCCUGCUUCAGCAGUGGGAACACAGCCCAGGUAUCUAACUGAAGGCACUGACUGGGAUAUCAGUGUAGAGGCUGGAUUGCCCCAUACUCAGUACCAGGCUCUCCCAGUACAUCGUUUACACCAUUAUCUGGCAACUCCCAGAAUACAUCAUUUCUCCAGAAAUAUGGCUUCAGCAUCUGUGAUUAUUCCUGACAUGAGGAAUUACCCUUAUCCACAUCUUCAUCUGCUGGCACUCCAAGGGUUAAAUGGGGGUCGGCAGAGUCCUGGUGUUAGGGAAAGUUAUGAGGAACUGUUACAACUAGAGGACAGGCUUGGGACUGUAAAUCGUGGGGCCAUGCAGAAUGUGAUUGAGAGGUACACCUUCCCGCACAAGUACAAGAAGAGAAUGCAACAGGACCUUAAAGGACCAAAAGUGGAUGAGGAGGAUACAGACUUUGAUGAGAAGUGUACAAUCUGUCUAUGUAUGCUGGAGGAGGGAGAAGAUGUUAGGAGGCUCCCAUGCAUGCAUCUGUUUCACCAAGUCUGUGUGGACCAAUGGCUGGCUACCAGCAAGAAGUGUCCAAUCUGCCGAGUAGACAUUGAAGCACAGCUGUUACCAGACAGCUGA